AUGAUGGACACAAACACAUCAAGUGAAUUCGACGAGAACCAAACUCCAGAUGAUUUGCUCAAUAAAUGCUGGGGUCAUCAAGACUGCUGGGAUUGUUUGUCAGUAGGCCCUUGCUCGUGGUGUGCCGUAUCCUCUACCUGCGUCCCAAACACAUCUCCUAUGAAGAUCCUCGCUCCUAUUUUCAACAGCAAUAUUUGUCCUCUCUGGUCUGAACGAUGGGAGUUGAGAGCGAGACCUCUAGGUUGUCACGUUUCAACCAUCACAUUUUUGACAUUUCUUGGAUCAAUUUAUGGAACACUUUUGGCAUUGGGCAUUAUCCUUCUGGUAAUGAAGUGCUUGGGACCUGGAGAAAGAAGCCAAAGGUGGUGGAAGUUGUCGAGGCAAUAUCCAAGGAAGUUCUGGAAAAAGAAGGACUCGGGAGUGGUUGAGGCAGAUGAUCUCCCAGAAUCUCGUCCAUUAUUAGAAUAG